AUGUGGCUAUCACUGCUCUAUCUCGUAUCAAGUAUCACAGCUGUGCUGGCGUUUUCGCCGCCUGCUAAGCAUCCGCUCCAUGAAAGGCGUGAUGCCUUGCCUGAUUACUGGGUUGAGGACGCCCGGCUGGAUGGGCAGACAGUACUCCCGGUGAGAAUUGGGAUGACCCAGUCUAACUUGGAUCAUGGUCAUGACUUGUUGAUGCUAAUCUCGGACCCCUCAUCGCCAGAGUAUGGAAAGUAUCUCUCAGCAAAAGAGGUUCAUGACCUGUUCGCCCCGGCCGAGGAGACCGUCGAACGAGUACGCGCAUGGCUGGAAUCAGAGGGCAUUUCCGACACUCGUAUCUCGCAGUCUGCGAACAAACAGUGGUUGCGAUUCGAUGCAACCGCGCAGGAACUAGAGCGGCUUUUGCAGACUGAAUAUUAUCUGUACUCACACGCAGAAACCCGUCGGUCUCACAUCGCUUGCCGGGAAUACCACGUCCCGGAAGCUCUCCAGAAACAUAUCGACUAUAUUACGCCAGGCGUUAAAUUCCUGGAGAUCGCCGGACCUUUACCCAUUUUACCCACGGAGCGAAGCUUGACUAGGCGUGAUACCGCAGAUGCUUCGUCCCCCAUAAUUGAUGGGACGAAUCUCACACUAUCGCAAGUAACGAAUGAUGCGCUUGGUUUUUGCGACCAAAUCAUAACGCCAGCCUGCAUCCGUGGUAUGCCGUGCAUUUGCCAGCCGAUUGUGCAUAGUAUCAAUGGAGGCACGGCUCCCACGACGCUGGAUAAUGCCGGACCUGAGUCUACGCUUGACUUGGCAAUGUCAUACCCGAUUAUCUGGCCUCAGAAUCCCAUUAUCUUUCAGACGGACGAUCCUAUUUGGGCGGACAUCAAUAACCCCAAAUUUCCAGGCAUCUUCAAUAACUUCCUUGACGCCAUCGACGGCUCAUACUGUGACCCAUCUGAGGAGGAGCUUGACCCCCCAUAUCCUAACCCCGCCCCUGGAGGCUACAAGGGCCAGAAACAAUGCGGCGUGUACAAACCCACCAACGUCAUUUCCAUCUCAUACGGUUUCGCAGAAUUCGAACUUCCUAUUCGAUACAACCGCCGCCAAUGCUACGAAUGGAUGAAGCUGGGCCUUCAAGGAGUUUCUGUUGUGGCUGCGUCUGGAAACAACGGCGUGGCGACUGGCGGGUGUCUCGGCAAAGACAGAAGCGUUUUCACUCCCGGUUACCUCAUCUGCCCGUACAUCACGACCGUUGGCGGUACUUACCUUCUUCCCGGGGGCGACCCGUACAAUCCUCUAGAAGUCGCUGUUGACCCCAGCACCACGCCAGGAAAUUGGUCAUCCGGUGGGGGAUUCAGCAACAUCUACGAACGACCAAUGUAUCAAGCAUCCGCGGUUGAAGAGUACUUUUCCCGCGCGAACCUAAAUUACCCGUACUAUGAAAGCAUCAACAACGAUAGCUUUGCGGCAAAUGACGGCAUCUACAACCGCAUAGGCCGUGCGUAUCCAGACAUUUCUGCGGUUGCGGUGAACAAUUUCGUCUUCUGGAGAGGGGGUCCAAUUCUUGGUGGAGGGACCUCGGCGUCUGCGCCGAUUUUCGCUGCCAUACUCACCCGAAUCAACGAGGAGCGACUUGCGGCUGGAAUGCCGACGGUUGGGUUUGUCAAUCCGAUGCUCUAUGCGCAUCCCGAGGCCUUUCGCGAUAUAACAGAGGGCAAUAACCCGGGUUGCAGUACGGACGGGUUUACAGCGCUUGAGGGCUGGGACCCGGUUACUGGGCUUGGGACGCCAAUUUAUCCCAAGCUCUUAGAGGUGUUUAUGAGCGUUAAGCUUGGUCUGUAG